AUGGAGUAUCACGUCUUCAAGCAGGUCAUCCAGACGGUCUUGAUCGCCAUCUUGAUCCCCUUUGGCGCCAUGAUCAUCCUCGAGAUCAUCCCGACCAUAAUCGGCAAUAAGGCUGCUCGUCAGGCUGCAAAGAAGAUUCAGGAGCUGAAGGAGAGAAACGCCGACUUGAUUACUGAGGUCGAGGAGUCCAAGCAGAAAAUCGUCAAGCUCUUGGGAGAGCGCGAGGCCGACAAUCGCAAGAUCGCUGAGCUCACGAAGAAGCAUGAGGCCGGCAAGCACAAGAUCGCUGAGCUCACGAAGAAGCAUGAGGCUGACAAGCACAAGAUCGCUGAGCUCACGAAGGAGCUUGAAGCCGACAAGCACAAGAUCGCUGAGCUCACGAAGGAGCUUGAGGCCGGCAAGCACAAGAUCGCUGAACUCACGAAGGAGCUUGAGGCCGGCAAGCACAAGAUCGCUGAACUCACGAAGGAGCUUGAGGCCGGCAGGCACAAGAUCGCUGAACUCACGAAGGAGCUUGAAGAAUCCGACCAGGAGUCACAGCUACUGACUGACGCGCUUUAUGUGGAGACCGAGAACGCCGAGAAGUAUCAGCUGAAGAUCGUCGACCAGGAGAACGAGCUGGACGCCGCCCGCAACUUCGCUGCCACCACCCUCAACACAGCCUUUCAAAACAACCAGGAGGCGCGCGAGAUAACUGUCGAUACGCUGAAGGACUUGUCCGAGGGAAUUACCGUGUUCCGGAAGAUCGCUGAGAUCAGCAACAACUCGAUGAAGCAACACCUGGAGCAGGUCCGCAAGUUCUGCAACAUCGGCUUGCACAAUUGGAGCGGGGAGAUCAAGCUUAUUCAAGAGUGUAUCAGGCUCGAUUUUGGCCGUAUCAAGCUUCUCGACGAGGCGACUGCCAAGGGGCACAACUUGCAAGCCACCCUGGAUGAGAUUGACGAGGCCGCGAAGAAGCAGAGUCCCUAUUUCAAUGCCCCUUCUCCUUCCUGUUCCUGUUCUGCUUAG